AUGUAUACUCAAAUAGUAAAACAGGCUAACGGAGUCAUCCGUUACGCUUAUGGAGGUGUUGAGUUUGAGGACACAUGUCCUGCUUGUGGACCUCCUCCAGUCCCAAAAGGUCAUCAAUUAUUAGAAGUCAUUGAAUCCCCUGGUAAUUAUACAGCAAGAUAUAAAUGUGGUCAAUAUUACGUUCAUCGUCAAAUAGGCGAAACACGAUGUAUUGGUGAUUCAGACUGGACGGAAACACCAUGCAAGGAUACGUCCCGGCUAAGAAACCUGGGUGGAAAAUCGUCUUUCUUACAGAAUGAGCUAUCAUUUGCCUUAUUCAGAUUUUAUACAUAA